AUGAAGCAAGUCCUCACCCUCGUCAUGCGGCGGCUAGGGCAUACCCACUUCACUGGUGUCAUGAUACCCUUUCAUAAAGACCCAGAAGCCUACAAACGCUCCACCGAGGUGACCGACUUAGACUUCUCGGUGGCUCGGUUUGCCACUGAGCUUUGCGACACGCGCAUGCUAGGCCUGAAUGCCGACCGGGCGCCCUACUUUCACAAGGAACGUUUGGCCAUGUCUCUACGACACAUCAUCCACCUCGAAGAGUUGGGUUAG